UCUCCCUCUCUCUCUCUCUCACUCUCUAUAUAUCUAUCCAUCUUUAUAUCUACAUAUGUAUCAAUUAUACACCUAUACUAACUUACGCACUAUUUAAGGAUCGAACACUAAUGACAGAAGAAUUAAGUAAAACAAAAAUAUGUACACGUAGAGAGAAGCACUUCGCUGAAAUUCUCGGAAGUCACAGCAUAUUUAAAAUCCCACAAAGAAAACGGGAAAAAAGGAAAUCAAUAGAUUUGUCGAUUUUUUUUUUGGCAAAAUUCUUCCUUCAUGAAUCGAUUACUUCAUAAGGAUUACUUAUGCCUUGCCGUCUUUAUUUUUUUAUUGUGAUUAUGACUAAGGUGGCUAUAUUUACUUGGAUUUAUCCCUAAAAACAUUUAUGCAUAAUCCUUCAAGGUAUACAAUUUAUCAAAUUAGAUAAACGGUCAGUCUAGUACAGUGACAGACUUAACCGGAAACGAAAUCAUUUGAAUUCUUGCUUCUUCAAGAUUAGUGUAAUAGCUCGAAUUAGACUAAAAAAAUAUACAUUCACAUCUUUACUUAUUUCUUUUUAUCGUAACGGUGGAUCGCCAUUAACGAUGGUGAUAUUUAUUUAUCGUUUGUAAGAUUUCAUUCGAAUUUCGUAUUCUUAACGUAUCCAAUCCCAGUCUUUCUAGCUCCGUACAUUCUUUUUGUUCCCACUAUUUGGUAUUCAUUGUUGUUAUUCAUUAAUGCAGCUCAGUAAUGAAUACAGAAAACAGCAUACGGCAUGCCUGAACACAGUACUGCGACAGAUUUAGGAAGGGGAUGAAUGAGAACGAAUUACUUUACAAAACAAGAGUUUAUUGUGAUUAAUGUAGAAAAUAUAUGAAUUCUUAUUAUAAAUAACUUCACAACGCAAAGGAUGAGUUUAUAUACUUACGCCGUGAAGUUAUUAAUUUUCAUUCAAUUCUUUUUCUUCCCUUCUGUGAUUUAUCUUCCUCAGUUACCUGUAACAUUAAAUUGUUUCAAUUGUUUUGAAUUAUUUAUCUUAAAGUUCUUUGUAUUCUAAUGGUUUUAUUCUUCAGUAAAUGAAUGCAUAUCAAGCUGUCAUAAUAGUAUAAUAUAAGAGAGAAGUUUCAUAUAGAUAAAUCUGAUUAGUGGUGUAUACAGCUCCCGCCCUAUCCUUACAUAACUAAUGAAUCAUGCCGCUUCUGAAUUUUCUUCGAUCUUCCUUGGGUGCCCAGGGCGCUAUUCAUAACCAGUGACGCAGGGGACACGUCACGCUCACACCCGCUUCAACACAGGUAUAAAGGCGUGAGUGCUCCAAGAAUCUUUAGUAAACGAACAGAUACCGUCACAGCAUCGCCUCUGCACACAAGUUGUUUCAUCGUAGUACAUCAGCUUUCGAAAUGGCUCCCACUCAGAACAAGAACUCAAGUGAGGUUAAUGCAGCUUCGUCUGAGGUUAAAUGUUGCCACUGCGGAGAGAUGAAGAGCUCGUGGGACAUGUUCCUUCCCAUCACUCACAGGGGAAGCUUCUUCCAGGACUCCUUCUUCUCAAACAUUCACCAGCACUUCGACGCUGCCGUCAAGGAGGUCCUGGACAAGUGGAGUAGCUCUGACAUCAGGCUGACUAACCACACGGAGGACGCGAACAUCCGCCACAGUGAUGUCAUUGGCCGAUACAGAAGACUUCGAUCCAUCGACCUGAAGGAGGAGAACCAGGCUGUCACUGUCACGUCGGAUGACACAAGUCACAAGGUGGUGCUGGACGUGCAUGAGUUCUUGGGAGGAGACGUGACGGUGAAGGUGGUCGGCGAGAAGGAGCUGGUGGUGGAAGGACGCGUGGAAAAGAAGGCGGAGGGAAAUUCCUGUGCGGCGCUGCACUCCUUCAGACGCCGCUUCUCCCUGCCACGCCUUACCGACAUGGCGGCCAUCACCUCCGCCAUGUCCUCCGACGGUGUUCUCACCAUCACAGUGCCCAAACUGGAGAAUGAAGACAAUCAAAGGACUACCAUCAUCCCCAUCAAGAUCGAAGAGACGAAUUCACAGACAAAGGCUUCCAAAACAAUAGCUUCACAAAACACAAAUAAACAGGAAAUCAGAUGCGAACACUGCAGCCGGGACGCCAUCUCCAAGAAGGAGACCAACAAAGCAGUCAGUGAAACGUGUGUCAAGAAAGAGAGCGAGUCCUGUGAAUCCGAGACAAGAUCCUCGGCACUAAAUUCCUUCGCUGGACAUAACGUCUUCCCGAUCGUGCGCAGAGGACUCUUCUUCGACGAUUCCUUCUUCCAGGAAAGCUGGAAGGAUUUCCAGAGGGCGGUGAAGGAAGUGCUGAACAAGUGGGGGGAACAGUCCUCCAUUGGCGACGACCUAACGCGCUACAGAAGUCUCCGAAGCCGUGAUUUGAGAGAAGAAAACCAAGCUGUCACUUCCUCGGAGGAUGAACGUCAACACAAGUUCGUUCUUGACGUGAAAGAUUUCAGCGACGGCGGAGAGAUCAGCGUGAAGGCAGUGAACGACAGAGAGUUGGUGGUCGAAGGUCGCAAAGAGAAGCAGGGAGAUGGGUCGAGGUGUUCUCAGCAGUUCCUUCGGCGCUUCGUCGUUCCUGGAGACAUCCAACUGGAUGCCGUCACCUCAGUCGUAUCUUCUGACGGCGUGCUCACUAUCUCGGCACCUAAGAAGCAGCCGAAGCUCCAGGUGAGGGAGGUUUCCGUGCCCAUAAGCAUUGAAGGAAAGAAAACUGAUCCUGCCGUCACCGCCAUGCAGAGUGGAAAUCUCAAAUCGAAUGAGGCUUCAACAGGCGCUGUCGCAAAGGAAAAUAAACCGCAAAAUGCCACUCCCGUACCCAGCGCCAUCUCCGCUCCGUCUAAGGUACCCUCGACAGCCAGUUCGACUCGCGGAAAUCUCAAAUCGAAUGAGGCUUCAACAGGCGCUAUCGCAAAGGAAAAUAAACCGCAAAAUGCCACUCCCGUACCCAGCGCCAUCUCCGCUCCGUCCAAGGUACCCUCGACAUCCAGUUUGACUCGCGGACACGAGGAAACUUCAUCCUCAAACCAGAAAGGAGAUUCUCAGCAGCACACCACCGUAAUUCCCGUUAAAGUCCAGGGAACAGAAGAGAUUCCAGAGAGGCAGACCUGUUCCCCUUCCAAGACUUCGACAGGAGGUCGAGACGAAGACGCCUCCACCAGAUCCACCUCCUUCGCCGCGAGAGGAAAAGGAAGCGACGCUGAAGAAGGCAACCAGGAAGAUAAGGACCUCUAUAAACUGAAGGGAAGCGGAGCCAAGUUCCCCAUCAAGAUUAACGGGUCUGUGAUUAAUAGCAAUUCCGCGUAAAUGAAGAGAAAUCAAAUAUAAAGAAAGAGAGAAAACAUUCCAAGAAGAAAAAGAGAAGGAAUAUCUUUUGUGUGGAAGAAAAUCUAUAUAAUUUCCGAUGAAUAUUAUAUUCUUUCGUAUAUAUCUAAUUAUAAAUUACAAUAAGUUUCUUUUCUUCUUUUUUUUCCUAUGCAAAAUAAACAAAAUAGAUGUGACAUGACUUUCCUGCAGUUAUUGCAACUAUACUAUAGUUUUAUCAAUGUGAAAUUAAAUCUGUACAAAUCAUUCUUAUUAUUUUGGUAAACGACCCAACAUAUGGAAUAAUAAAGGGGAAAUCAA